AUGGUCGAGCCAGAAGCCGGUAUCUUACGCCUUCCAAUUGAGUUACGUCAGAUGAUUUACGACUACAUUAUCAGCGCCAAACUAAACCGAACCAUCAAGGUGACAUUGGAUAGAGACGGCAAGAUUCGUUUCGAGAACUGCAAAUUCAUUCUGAAUCUUGUCUGCACUGACACCGUCUUUACACAAGAAGUGCCCUCCUACUUGUUUGAGCAUUUCACCUUUAUAUUGACAGACAGCAGUCGUUCCUGCUACCUUAUUGUCAACGCUUUUUUCUAUGCCCUUUCGCCGAAGAAUCGCGUCUGUGUACGAAAAAUUGGCAUACCGUUCUUCACUAACCGAGACCAUUUCGGUCCCCCACGCCCUAGCCUUCAGAGAGAUGACCUCUUUAGUUCAGGCGUUUGGGACUCACCAGAGAUUGCAAACUUAAAGUGGAGACAGAAGAAGAACACACACGAGGGGUUGAUCCAGAAGGAUUUGACACAGGAGAAGUUGUUGCGUAAGGCCCCUUCCUCCGCUCUCUUACUACUAAACUCGAUGCCGGCUUUGGAAAAUCUCGAACUGGGUGUUGACGUCACCGAAGUCAUUGGGUAUAUCGACAGUGAGACUUUCAUCUUGCCUAGCAGUAGUGAGUUCCUCAUAUGGCUGGCUACAAUUCGGUCGUCUGGAACAUUCGCUCUUAAUCACCCUUUGUCUAUAGCGCUGCAUUCGAUCAAAGGUAUGGGGAAGCUUCGACAAGUAGAAUUGAAGCUGAAGUGGAGCAACUUUAUCUUCGAUUCAUACAACAGGGCUGGCUGUAGAUUUCCGCAGGAAUGGACGCAGAUUGUUAAAGAAGAAUUGGAAGGGUUGUUCGAAGACUUCUUGCGGCGCGAACCCUGGCCUGGGUGGCCUAGUCGUAGCGGAGAUAAGCAGAGCCUAAUUCCUACUUAG